AUGGAUCUUCUCCGUGUGCUUGAAUAUCCGCAGAUGCUCGGGAAAACAUAUCUGGAUCAUGCAGGAACUACGCCAUGGGCAAAGAGUCUCAUCAACGCAUAUGCCGCUAGCAUGACUGACACUUUAUAUGGCAAUCCUCACUCGGAGCACAAACCUUCAAGAGAUGCAGACGCUCGUGUUGAGCGUACUCGCCGGAAAGCGCUGGAGUUCUUCAACGCUGAUCCAGACGAUUUCGACUUGAUCUUCACGCCUAACGCGACUGGUGCUAUCAAGCUUGUACAUGACUGCUUUCGUGAUUAUUCAUCUGAUCCAGAUGGCAGAAGUUGGUGGUAUGGAUACCACAAAGACUCUCAUACGUCUAUUGUCGGCGUCCGCGAAGGAACAGAAAAUCAUAGAUGCUUUCGUAACGAUCGAGAGGUCGAUCUCUGGAUCGAAUCUCGCGGCCUGGGCGCAGCAGCGGCACACGAAGUCGGCUUGUUUGCAUAUCCAGGACAAUCAAACAUGACCGGACGAAGAUUUCCUUUAGACUGGCCAGUCCGCAUUCGCAACCGCGUCAAAGCUGAAGUAUACACUCUCCUCGACGCAGCGGCGCUGGCAUCGACAGCUCAAAUCGACCUUUCAGAUGCUACCAGAGCCCCAGAUCUCAUCGCCGUAUCCUUCUACAAGAUCUUCGGCAUGCCGAAUCUCGGCGCCCUCCUCGUCCGCAAAUCCUCCCCCGUCGUCGAAAUCCUCAAACGUCGAAGAUUCUUCGGCGGCGGCACCGUCGACAUGGUAAUAGCCGUCAACGACGCCUGGGUCGACCGCAAAGAUAACCUCCACAGCAGAUUAGAAGACGGAACCUUGCCCUUCACCUCCAUCUUCGCCCUAGAGAUCGCAAUCGAAAUCCACGAAAACCUCUACGGCCCUGCCCCAAUGACUUUCAUAUCAAGCCACACAUCCCACCUCAUAAACCUCCUCUACGAUUCCCUCACCUCCCUCCACCACUCCAACGGCGUGUCCGUCGUGAGAAUCUAUAAAGACCCAACGUCAAUCUUCGGAGACGCACGUCUUCAAGGCGCGACUAUAGCGUUCAAUAUCCAGAAAUUUUCCGGGGGGCUUGUCAGUUAUAUGGAAGUGGAGAAAGAAGCUAAUGAGCAAGAUAUUUAUGUGCGGAGUGGAAGUCUCUGCAAUCCGGGGGGAUUUGCGACGUUUUUGAAAUUUUCGCCGAGCGAGUUGAAGGAGGCGAGGCUUUGGGGUCAUAAGUGUUCGGAGCCCGAGGCGGAGUUUAAGGGGAAGGCUCUCGGGGUUGUGAGGGUGAGUUUGGGGGCUAUGUCGAAUGAGGCCGAUUUGGAGAGGUUUGUGGGGUUUUUGAGGGGGACUUAUGUUGAUCGGGUGAUUCGGAGGAUGAAGAAGAGUAUUAUGGGUGUUUUAAGGGCACGCUAG